CCCGGCCCUACCCCUCCAGCUUUGUUGUUCAAAGAGCUGGCUUGACAUCUUCACUCCAUCUCACCGCCCACCCGACACCGCCCGAGAUAUUUUUGAUGUUAUCAUCACAGGAGAUCAGCUGCAAACAUGCUAAUUUCCGACUUACAGCUUUGCCUGGCUCACUAUUGCGAUGUCCACGGCCCAACUCCCCUGAUGGUCACUGAAGGUCUUCCAGUCCCAUGUAGCGUCUGCUACGAUGAUGACCUGCCCAUUUAUUCUGUCACCGGCAGUGCAGGCGCAGGCGACCGGCCCCGGACCAGCAGUCCUGCCACUGCCUCAGCCCAUACAACCGCCCCUAUGACCGAAUCUCUCCGUCGCGUGAGGCUUGCUGGAGCCCAACGUAGCUCGUCUAUGCCGGCAUCUGAACAGGAAGCUCAAAUUCAUCGGGCAGCCCUGCUAAGGUCGGCCCAAGUGGCUGGAUAUGGUUCUGCUAUCGAGACUCCCCAAAGCCCUCGCCACUUCUCUGAGCAGCAAUCCCAACAACAGAAACCACGACAUGACUCCGGUUUCCGGAGAACUUACGAUGACUACGUUACUAGACGGGCAGGCCCUUGCGAGAACUGUGCCCUGACUCUUCCCCGUCGCCAAGAGUCCCCAAACGGCUCCAAGGGUGCCGCCAUCGACUCUCGCCCGGACCGAGGGCCUACUCUCCGGACUCGUGCGCCUUGCGCUAGGGUAUAUGGCAGCGGCGCAGAGGGCUCGUCAACGCUUAGCUCCAACGCAUCCUCUUCAUCGCCUUCCGAAGAUGAGGCUCAGCCGCCACGGCGACCGGCCCACCGUCGCACCGGUACCACGGUAUCAAUGGCUUCGCGGUCCACCACGAGCACCAUGUCGCAAUCAAACGGCCACACUCACUAUCUCGAUUACACCUCGACUCACGAACCAGUCACUCCUUCCACCUUCUCCAUCGUCCGCGCCUCUUGCCUAAGAACACUCUCGUUCGAGACACUCCCUCGGCCACCUGCAACCGGCAUGCUAAGCUCGUCGAGCGCAUCAUCUACGCCGACCGCCUCCCCAGUAACGCCCGCCUUCGUCACGACGCACAGCCCCGGUUCGGCCGCGUCCGGAGGGCCCAUCUUCUUCGGCGACCCCACGACUGGCUAUACUACCGCCUAUAUCUUCCGCAUCCCGGACGUCCAUGCUCGCGGACACAAGCGGGUAUAUGCCUUCCUGGCACUGAGCACGCACCGCGAGCAUCUCGCCAUGAAAACCUUUAGCUUCAUCGCCGCCGCGUUCCGCGAUAUGGCGGCCUGGAUCCAGACCCUGGCCGAGUCCGAGGCCGAACGCGCGGGAUCGGAGAGCCCCAUCGUCCCCAACCCAGGCUACGGCGGCUUCGGCUCCCAGCCCGAUCUCGGCGGCGUCCAGACAGGGGCCGGUGGGGGCGGCAGCUUCCUGACGGGGGGCAUGGGCGGCUUGUCCAGGCGCAUGGGUGGCGGCCUUGGCGGCUCCGGUGUCUCCCUCAAGCAGCGCGGUCUUGCCGAACUCGUCGGCCUGCCCGACUUCUUCAUCGAGCUUCAUUCGAGAUUCGUCAGGCUGCUGCUGGAGCUGGGAGUUGCACUGAGCUCUUGAGUACCGUCACUUGCGAUUUCAAGCAGGGAGAGUGAGCCAUGGACAAUGACCGAGUCCUACUACCAUCAUAACGAAUAGGCUCGUCUUCCGUUGUGUACUUGGCGAGGUAACCCAGCCUCUUUUCGCUCUUUCUCUUUC